CCUCGCCGGAAACGGAAGUCCGGGGCGCCGCUUCCGCUUCCGCUCCCCAGGGCGGGCGAGAUGGCGCCGCCGAGCCCCUUCCGCUUUGCCCCGGCCCGCCGCCGCCUCCCGGCCGGACACCCCCUCUUCGAGGAGGGCGACGUCCGGCGGCACCUCCACCUGCGGGGCGGCCUCAGCGGCCAGGAGGAGGAGGAGGAGGAGGAAGGCGGGCGCGCAGGGGCCUCCUCCUCCCCCGUGACGGUGUGCCCCUCGGCGGGCUGCGGGCAGGCCUUGGGCACCUGGCAGAGCUACGAGCACCACUACCAGCUGCUGCACCGCCACACCUGCGCCACCUGCCACAGGCCCUUUCCCUCCGCCCACCUGCUGGAUCUUCACCUGCUCGAGUGCCACGACUCCCUCUUCCAGCUCAUGGCCCAGAAGCACAGCAUGUACCAGUGUCUGGUGGAGAGCUGUGCUGAGAAGUUCAAGAGCAGGAAGGACCGGAAGGACCAUUUGAUCAGAAUACACCAGUAUCCCUCCGACUUCAGGUUUGACAAGCCCAUGAUAUCUAAAAGUUCAAAAACGACGAAGCCUCCCUCUGGAGAUCACACCGUGCCAAUGGAUGUUCACGUUCAAGGCUGUGAAGAUUCAGCAGGGGAGGCCAUGGAAAUUAACCCUGGUGAGACCGCAGUGGAUCAGGCCCUCCAGCCUGGGAUGGAGAAGACUUCAGUCUUGCCAGCAUCUCAGACGUACCCUUCUAGAGCCAGGAUCCCGCCCAGCAUUUGUUUUGGGCAAGGAGCCACGCGUGGCUUCCAAAGCAGGAAGAAAAGAGCCUGAGUCCCACCGCCUCUGUUUCAGGCAGACGGUCGGAAGCCGAGAAGAAACGCAGUCCUCAGGACACCAAGGGUGGGAAGGGCGGAGUCUGCUUCUGGCAGCUGCAGCGGCAGAGGGGCAGCUGGCGCCUUCGGAGGGCACGGGGCCCACAACUGCCUUCUCCUUCUGCCAGCCUGCCUCCAGAAUUUUUGCAGUUAAAAAGGGAUGAAUUUUUCAGUUAAAGCGGACUGAACAACC